GAGUGUAGAUGUUGGGGUAUUGGCUAUUUAAAGAGCAAAAGCCUGCACUUGGAAGAUGCACAAGUUUGUUGAGAUAGCUAGAAGCAAUAAGAUGAAAAUGAAAGUGCUUGUUUUGUUUGUUGCUACAGUUUUGGUAGCAUAUGAAUGCCAUGGCUCAGACUACCAGAAGUUCCCUCUCCAAAUGAAAACUGGGUUUGGUGGGCAAUACAGCAAUGAGGUGGCAUGUGCCAGUUGGAGGCUUGGCGUGGAAGCAAACAACGUAGUCAAGUGGCAAACUGUUCCUGCAGCUUGCGGAGAGUACAUAGCUGACUACGUUCUAGGAGACCAAUAUAGAUCAGAUUCCAAAACAGUUAACCAACAAGCUUAUUUCUAUGCUAAAUCCCUCAAACUCACCAACAAAGAUGUCUUUGUCUUGGACGUUGACGACACUACUCUCUCUAAUCUCCAGUAUUUUGCUAACCAUGGAUUUGGUGUGGAACCACACAAUACGACGGCGUUUAAGAACUGGGUUCUUGAUGGCGAGGCAUUCGCACUGCCAGAGACUCUUAAAAUGUACAACAAACUGUUGGCUCUCGGCAUCAAGAUUGUAUUCUUAUCAGAAAGACCACUGAGUCUAGGGGAUGUAACAGCCAAGAACUUAAAGGAGGUUGGAUUCAACACAUGGGAGAAGUUAAUUCUCAGGGAUCCAUCUGAGUACUCUGGUAAGUUAUCAUUUGAAUACAAAUCAGCUGAGAGAGAGAAGCUGGAGAAGGAGGGAUACAGAAUCAUUGGAAACGUUGGAGACCAAUGGAGUGACCUCCUGGGAAGCAACAAAGGGACUAGGACUUUUAAGCUGCCUAAUCCCUUGUACUAUGAUUAAGCUCUCAAAUCAAGCCUCUAAGUUGCUCCUUAAUUUCUAUGAAAUAAGAUCCUGAGUAUUAUUACUUAGUCAUGUAGGGGCACUGAACAAUGUUGUUUUCCCUUUUCGAGGCUUUCAUGAAUUAUGAGCUCUUGUUCCAUUAAGAAAUUGUCCGUUCCAAGUUAAA